ACUCAGUUUUGGGGUUGUCACAUUAGAAAUUGUCACCGGAAAGAACAAUAUGAAAUAUCAUCCUUCUGAGAAUUAUGUUGGUCUGCUUGAUUGGGCAUUUGUUUUACAACAAAAAGGAUGUUUAAUGGAGUUGGUGGAUCCAAAGUUGGGUUCUAAUUUUGACAAUGAAGAGGCAAUAAGAAUGAUCAAGGUAGGAUUAUUAUGCACUAAUCCUUCACCGGCACUUAGGCCUGCCAUGUCUGCAGUAGUAAGAAUGCUUGAAGGUCAUGAUUGCAUUCAAGGAUCAAUCAUGGAUCCAAGUAAUUACGGUGAUGAAUUCAGAUUCGAAGCCCUCAGAGAUAAGUAUGAUGCUAUGCAACUCCAAAGUUCAAGUAACGAUCAGACCCUUGUUGAUUCAUUGGGCACAACACGAAAUGGCUCAUCCUCUACGUAUGCCCAUGAUCUUUAUCCAAUAAAUCUGGAUUCUCUAUAACACAGCCUGCACGAGGAUGCAUCUUGGCGGCUCUAUGAUAUGUUCUGUAAGGUAUUUCAUGAUUGCCUUCUUUGUUACUCCAUUUUCCUUCUUUCAGUAUGCAUUGACUUUUGUUUUCAGAUGUAUAAGUUCUUUCAAUUCAAAUUACUAUUCAAAUAUGCCGCCUUCAUGUUCUA